GAAGAAGAAGAAGAAGAAGAGGACGAAGAUGAAGAUGAAACAAAGAGAUUCCUGCAGAUGUUUAAAAGCAUGAAGAAUAAAGUGAAAUGAAAGCGGAACCCUGAUGAGGAUUUAACCGGAGGACAGUUUGUUGUUGCUGCUGCAUCAUGGCUGAGGAGGCAGCAGCAGAGCGAGGAAGUCCAGAGGAGGAAGAGGAGGAGGAAGGAGGAGGAGGAGGAGGAGGAGGAGGAAGAGGAAAGGUUACCAUAGGAUUCCCCAAUGCUCCUGUAUACUGUGUCUGCAGGAAACCGGACAUCAACUGUUUCAUGAUAGGGUGUGACAGCUGCAGUGAGUGGUUUCAUGGAGACUGUAUCGGAGUUUCAGAGAAAGCAGCUAAAGCCAUCAGAGUGUGGUACUGUCCGUCCUGCAGAGACAAAGACUCGUCUCUGGAGAUUAAAUACCGUCAGAAGAAGACCAAGGAGAAGGAGGACAAUGAGGCGGAGCCAGAGAGGGAGGACAAACCUGAAGGAGACGGGAGCUCCACCCCCCAACCCAAGAUGGACAGGAGGCGGGGCUCACAGAUCAAACGUUCAGCCCGGAUGUGCGGUGAGUGUGACGCCUGUCUGAGGACGGAGGACUGUGCUCAGUGUGACUUCUGCAAAGACAUGAAGAAGUUUGGAGGUCCAAACAAAAUCCGACAGAAGUGUCGACUGAGGCAGUGUGAGGUCCGAGCCCGGAAGAUGCUUCGUGUCAAAGACGAGGAGAUGAGUCGGAGUGGCGGCAGAGGGCGGGGCCUCCCGAGGAAAGGGACGGGGCAUCAAACAGAGGAGGAGGAGGAGGAGGAGGGGGAGGAUAUGGUGUUCAGUGAGAGCGAGCUGGAGCUGUACGAGCAGUACAAAGCAGCCGGAUACAGAGACCUGGUGUGGCACAGCGAGGAAGAGGACGGUCAGUCAGACUCUAUGAGGAAGAAGGCGGUGAAGGUGAAGCACGUGAAGAGACGAGAGAAGAAGACAGAGAAGAAGAAGUCUGUCUCUGCUCCUAAAGAGGAGGUGAAGCUGCGUCGUCACAAAGCAAAGCAGCGCCAUAGGGAGCGUGUGCGGCACAGCGAGCGAGGAGGAGAGGGCGGGGUUAAGGAAGUGGGUGGGGCUAUGCGCCAGUGUCUGGGUCCAGGCUGCGUCGAACUGGCAAGGGUCAACUCCAAAUACUGCUCAGAGGACUGUGGCAUGAAGCUCGCUGCCAAUCGUAUCUAUGAGAUCCUCCCUCAGAGGAUCCAGCAGUGGCAGCAGAGUCCCUGUGUUGCCGAGGAGAUGGGGCGGAGACAGCUGGAGCGAAUCAGGAAAGAGCAGCAGGCGGCCAGGCUCCGUCUCACUCUGAUGGAGAAACGAUUCCAUGAGCUCGAAGGCAUCAUCGCCAACGCCAAACUGCAACAAGUCCAACAAGACGAGGAGGUGACUGAAGGUGAGGGUGAUGACACAGACCUUCAGAUUUUCUGUGUUUCCUGCAGUCAUCCCAUCAACCCAAAGGUGGCGCUGCGACAUAUGGAGAGAUGCUAUGCUAAGUAUGAGAGUCAGACAUCGUUUGGUUCCAUGUACCCAACACGUAUAGAGGGAGCCACCCGGCUGUUCUGUGAUGUGUAUAACCCUCAGAGUAAGACGUACUGUAAGCGGCUGCAGGUUUUGUGUCCUGAACACUCCAGAGAUCCAAAGGUCCCAGCAGACGAGGUGUGUGGAUGUCCUCUGGUUAAAGAUGUCUUUGAGCCCACCGGAGAGUUCUGUCGGGUUUCUAAGAGGAAGUGUAACAAACAUUACUGCUGGGAGAAACUUCGCCGUGCCGAGGUCGACCUCGAGAGAGUCCGAGUGUGGUAUAAGCUGGAUGAGCUGUUCGAGCAGGAGAGGAAUCUGAGGACAGCGAUGACGAAUCGAGCCGGUUUAUUGGCUCUGAUGCUGCACCAGACCAUUCAGCACGACCCAAUCACCACUGACCUGCGCUCCGCCAAGGACAGGUAGACAGACAGGUAGAAAUAUGGAGAGAAACAUAGACAGGUAGAGAGAUUUAUGGAAAAACAGACUACAAAUACUCUCCCAGAUAUAUCUGGAUCAUUGUCUUUUGUAUUUUCUUUAAAGUGUGUUUUAAUAUUUCAGUCGGUGAUCCAUAGAUGCAUUGUGGGAAGCAGAGGCUGAACUUGGAAAACAUUUAGCUUUAACAAAAAACAAAAAUUUAAGACCUCAUAAUCUCUCAUAAUUAUAACUUUUGUAUUUGAAUCUCAUAAUUAUGAGAAAGCAUCUUAUAAUUUGGAGAUCUUUAUCUCUGUAUCUUACCGUUAUUAUACAAUCUUUUAAUCACAACAAGCUGAUGUUUUAAAUACAUAAUCAGGUUCAAGAUAGUAUUAAGAUUUUGUAAUAAGACAAAGAUCUUGAAAUUAUUAGAUAGUUCAGUUGCAAAUAUGAAAUAAUGGUAAGAGAAGGACUGUGUCAUUAAUUACGAUUAUGAAGAUUUUGACUAGGUUUUGAUAAAAUUACAAGAUAAGAUCUGUUAAUUGAGACAAGGAUCUUAAAAUUAUGAGAUUUAUUUUGUAAUUAAAAGAUAUACAUCAUGUAAUUACAAGGAGAAUUUCUUUGUAAUUUUGACAGUUUUCUUCUUAUUAUAAAAUACUAAUUCACAUAUUUAUAAAAUAUGGAUCAUGUAAUUACAAGAUAAAGUUUCCCUAAUUAUUAGAUACAAACCUUGUAAUUAUAUCAUAAUCUUGAGUGUUUUUUAAUAAUUGUAAAAUACAGUAAUUUUGAGUCAAGAAUCUUAAAAAUAGGAUUUUUUCGACACUGUAAGAUAUAUAUGAUGUAUAUCUUCAGAAGAUAAAGAUCUUGUAAUUAUGAAAUAAUUUCACUGUAAUUAUGUUAUAGAUUCCUUGUUAUUAUGAAAUAUUUUGUAAUUAGAUGAUAACAGAUAAUCUUACAAUAUUUAUGUGAUAUGGAGCUUGUUAUUACAAGAUACUUGUAAUUAUAAGCUCUAAAACUUAUUUUGUGUAUUGAUGAGAAACAAAUCUUGCAAGAUCAGACAAAAUAAAGAUCUUGUAAUUACAAAAGAAUUUUGUAAUUAUGAGAUUUUUUCCUAAUUGCAACAUAUUUCGCUUUAUCAUGUAAUUACAAGAUAAAUAUCUUGUAAUUAUGAGAUAAUUUUAGUAUUAUUAGGAUUUAGUUUUCUUGAAAUACUUUGAUUAUAUGUAUGAGAUAUGGAUCUUGUAAUUAGAAGAUAAUGUCUUCAUAAUUAUGGCAUAGUUUUCAUAUAAUUAUGAGAUACACAUCUUGUAAUAAUGGAACAAAGAUCUUGUAAUUAUGAAAGUAAGUAUAUCAUAAUUAUGAGAUUAUUGUAUUAUUAUUUUGACGGGAUCUUGUGAUUUGGAAUUAAGAUCAUUAAGUCAUAAUUAUGAGAAACGUGACACAUAAUUAUGCAAUGUGUCCAUCUUUUUCUUUUUUAGUGGAAUGAAAUUAGGGUUUUCAUGCUCACUGAAACUGUGAGUUUCUUCUCCAUGCAGCACAUAGGUAAACCAGCAGAUGACGUGUAGGAGGAGUUUUUAAUAAUCAGAAGUAAACACAGUGUUUAUGUCCACAUGUGGAUGCUCAUCAAUAAACAAACAGUAUUAACGCUACAGUUCGACUCAGUAAUGAAGCUGAGAAAUGACUCUAAAUGCUGCUGCAGACUUCAGAAGCUUCUUAAAAGAAACACACCAGUGACCUCUAAUUUUCUGAGAAACACUACACUACCCACAAUCCACUGCAAAACACUACAAAACGCUCCACCUGUGUUUCUGUAGGUAAGCUGGCUGAGUGAAAGGUUUCUGAUGUCACAGUCGCUCAUCCUGUAGAGAUGG